AAUAGUUUCAUUACAUAAAACCCAAUCCGAAUCUUUGUCCGAACACAGACCAAUCACUCAUCACACGAGUACUCAAAAUUCUGUCUCUUUCCUCUGUCUCCAAUGGAAUCAGAACACUUAACCGACACGACCGUACCGAACCAAGACGAGGAGACCAAGACCGAACCAUCAGAGUUCGAGAAGAAUCAAGAACGGUACCAAACCCUAAUCUCCACGUUCGCACACGAGAAAGGAUGGAGACCAAAACAGCCCUUCAUCUCCUACGGUGGUCACUGGUGGGUACAACCUCUCCUCGAAGGCUGCCUUCACGCGCAAGCCUUCUUCCAAGCACGACCUGAAGACAUCUUCGUAUGUAGCUACCCAAAGACAGGUACCACGUGGCUCAAAGCCUUAACUUUCGCUAUAGCCAAUAGAUCUCGCUUCCAAGACGAUGAUUCCUCGAACCCUCUCCUCAAACGUAACCCUCACGAGUUUGUUCCUUACAUUGAGAUAGACUUCCCUUUCUUCCCUCAAGUCGAUGUUCUCCAAGAUAAAGGUAACACUCUGUUUUCAACUCAUAUCCCUUACGAGUCGUUACCUGAUUCGGUUGUGAAGUCGGGUUGUAAGCUGGUUUACAUCUGGAGAGACCCCAAGGACACUUUCAUCUCCUUAUGGACGUUCUUACAUAAAGAAAGGUCAGAGCUUGGUCCUGUGAAUAACCUCGAGGAGGCGUUUGAUAUGUUUUGUAGAGGCUUGUCUGGUUACGGUCCUUAUCUUGAUCAUGUCUUGGGGUAUUGGAAAGCUUACCAAGAGAAUCCUGAUAAGAUUCUGUUUUUGAAGUAUGAGUUUAUGAGAGGUGAGCCUUUGCCUUAUGUGAAGAAGCUAGCUGAGUUUAUGGGGUAUGGAUUCACGGAAGAGGAAGUGGAGAAGGGUGUUGCUGAGAAAGUGGUGAAUCUCUGUAGUUUUGAGACGUUGAAGAAUCUUGAAGCUAACAAGGGGGAGAAAGAGAGGGAAGAUCGUGCUGCUGUGUAUGCGAAUAGUGCUUAUUUUAGGAAAGGUAAGGUUGGAGAUUGGUCUAAUUAUUUGACUCCAGAGAUGGCUGCUCGUAUUGAUGGGAUCAUGGAGGAGAAGUUUAAAGAUACAGGUUUGCUUGAGCAUGGUAAAUGACUAGUUCUUGUGUCCUAAGACAUUAUUGAUCUUUGUAUGCUUGUUUACAGCAGACAUUCUGUAAUGUAAUAACUUAUAUAUUGUAAUAAAUAAUGAAUCUUGCUUAUGUUCUAUACAAAAAGGUAUUGUCUUUGUAGCAUGUAACGCCCCAACCGAUUACAACUAAUGUAUUUCCUGUUCACUCGGCCGGGUUCCA